UGAGAGACUACAUGAGAGAUCUGACAUGAGCCCCCUCUCUUCUCCUCUCUUGUUGGGUUUUGGUCCUGCUCUUCUUCCUCCCUCUUCUUCUCUUCCACACGGGCGCCGGCCUCCUCAUACCACACAAAAAUCCUCGCCCUAAAUUCCCCACCCAAUCCGCGCUCCCCCCUGACCCGAGGGCCAGCGGAUGCGGCAGGGAUUCAGCUCAUCGGCCUCGUCUUCCUCCUCCUCCUGUCGCCACUGCUGCUGUUGCUGCUGCUGAUUGAGGUCUGAUGAUCUGUUUGGGUGUGAUCUGGUAAUGGAGCCGUCGGAUCUGAACACGCACCUGCCGCCGCGGAAGCGGCUGCUCGCCGGGUUCAGGUCGGCCGCCGCGGCCUCCUCCUUCGAUGCCGACCCGCCACCGCCGCCGUGCCCGCUGCUCCUCUCCGACGAUCUCGCGGCCCGCCUCCGCGCGAUGAUGGGCCCGCCGGCGAGCGCGCCGCCCUCGAUUGACGAGAUCGUCCAGGCUGCCCGGUCAGCCGCGUCCGCCGCUGCCGAUGCCGCCGCCGCCGCCCGGGCUGCUGCGUGGGAUAAGGCGGCCGUGGCUGCCAAGUCUAGGGCUGCUGCCCGGGCUGCCAUGGAGUUCCUUGACUCCGUUUACAUGUCCGGCGCCGGCGGUGGUGCGUCGAGGAAUGGGAUCCAGCUCAAGGCGAAAUCGAGGAAGAAGCAUGUCCAGGUCAAGCUCUUGUACAAACCGAAUGGGCGGGUAAGGGAGGGGAAGGGGGCCUUGGGUGAUAGUUCCAGGCCUCGUAGGCGCAACGAGAGCGAUGAAGAGGUCGCUCGGAAGCUGCACCGCGUGAUGAAUAGCUCGCCGCGGAUAUCUUUCACUGGACCGAAGAGACCGCGCAGUCUCGGCGCCGGGAAAGAGGGGUACCGGAAUGAGGGUGGGGGUGAUGCUGCCUGCAAUGGCUCUUCGAGUCAUGCCCUAACUGAGGUUGGCGGGUUCGCUAACGGACGCUCUGUAGGGAAAUCUAGCGAGAGAAAUGUUCAGUUUUCCAAGAUUAUGGGUCUCCACGAUGGUGGAGACUCUUCUUGGAACGCUGAUAAUGGAGUUGGAAUCGGAAACAUAAGCGCUGGUCGGAAAGUGAAGAUCAAGAGGAAGCAACUGCUUUUGAACCACACUAAUGGUAAAGAGACAGAAGAGCAUAAAGAAACAGAACCCUCUAGAGAUUCUAUAGGAUAUGAUGAAGUAAAGUCAAAUGGCGCAGAAAAACGACCGUUUUUUGCAGAUGCAAGGGCUCCUGGUGACGAUCCUGUGCCGGUGAAGAUCACAUCUGUGUGGAAGUUCAAGAAGUUUAAAGCGUCGCACUGCUCGUCCGACAGCAAGAUGUUGCACAAUGUGUGUUCCUCAACUUCGGCUGCUGAAACCUCUGCUUCAGUGAAAGCUGAUUAGUGAGUACUGAACUACCGAUAAUAAGGUGAGAUAACAAUAUUGCCAUGGCACAACAUCGAAAGCACAAUGGUGUAUUAUAGGGAGAUCUAGAAGACUAUGAACAUCGCAAGUUGUGAUACGCCAGUUCCAUUCUACCGAUGUCUUGGCACUUGGCAGUGCCCUUUAUAGCCCUAGAGAACCAUUUGAUCUUGACAUAGCCUUGCCCGGCCUGUUGUUAUCUUGCCAUGCUAUAGACGACGGCAUGUCCUCAUUCUGUAGACAAUGAAAGGUGUGUGAAGCAACUGAAGGAGGAGCAAGGCAUUUGGUCCAGAUUGAUGCUUGACUGGUGUCUUCUUGUUGUUGUUGACAUAGAACAACUGCCUGAGAAAGCUGUGAUAGGAUGUUUCUGCUUGGCUGAUGCUUUUAGCUUCAUACCUGGGAGUUUGAUUGAGUUUAAACAGAAGCGGCAGCAGCAGAUGUUUGAUUGAACAAGAGACUGAUUCUGUUCUUGCUUGUGAUUCCAUAUAACAUGAGAAAAUAAUGUCUGGUGAGAGAGUAUGCCUGUUUGCUUGUUGAAAUGAACUUCAACUCCCAAGAUGCACAUUUGAAUCCCUGUCCUGAGCAGGGCAGACAUUUCAGGGAAAUUUGUGCGGCGAGGAUGACAUCGGCUUGGCCGAUUCGAUUCGCGGUAUCUCUUGAUCUAAGUAUGCAGCAAUAGCUAGCGAUUCGUCUGAAACCAUUCGCGUACCUCAGUACCGUAACUAUGUAGAAAGCUGCAAUCUAAACACUCGUGUUGCAAGGGGAAAAAAAGGCAAGCUCAAGUUGGACGUUCAAGGGCAUUUCUUUUGACCAAGGCAUUGUCUUUCAGAUCUGAUCUGAUCUCAUCUUACACUAGUACCAAAUUGUUGGUGGUGGUAUCUGAGAGGGAGAAUUGAUUAGGCAUAAGCAGCCAGGCUGUUUGUCUGGCUCGCUGGCUGGAUGGUAGCUUAGUAGUGCAGGUGAAGUUGUGAUGUGAUUGUAAUGUUGCACCAAACUAAACAUACACAUAUACAGGUCAUCUUCAUAUCA